CCGCGCCACCCGGAAGCCGUGGUUCUUACCCACCGUUCUUACUGCCGGCGGCUCUAAGGAGCCCAUCAUGGCGACGCCCCCUAAACGGCGGGCGCUGGAUGCCACCGGGGAGAAAGUGCUGCGCUAUGAGGCCUUCAUCUCUGACGUGCUGCAGCGGGACCUGCAAAAGGUACUGGACCAUCGUGAUAAGGUGUAUGAGCAGCUGUCCAAAUACCUUCAACUGAGAAAUGUCAUUGAGCGUCUCCAGGAAGCUAAGCACUCGGAAUUAUAUAUGCAGGUGGAUUUGGGCUGUAACUUCUUCGUUGACACAGUGGUCCCAGACACUUCACGGAUCUACGUGGCCCUUGGAUAUGGUUUUUUCCUGGAGUUGACACUGGCAGAAGCUCUCAAGUUUAUUGAUCGUAAGAGCAAUCUCCUCACAGAGCUCAGUGACAGCCUCACCAAGGACUCAAUGAAUAUCAAGGCCCAUAUCCACAUGUUGCUAGAGGGGCUUAGAGAACUACAAGGCCUGCAGAAUAUCCCAGAGGAGCCUCGCCAUUGACUUCUUCCCCCCUCUCCAAACAUUAAAGAGCCUGAAUGUCAAAAAAAAAAAAAAA